GGAAAGGUGGAUAUGCGGAGUGAGACAGAAGGAGACAGACGCUGGACAGACAGGAGGGACCAGAAGACAAGCAGCAGGGCUCAGAGAUGCAGAACAAACCCACUUACAUCAACUACGGAUUUCAUUAUGGAGAAGGAAGACCUCCAGCACAAGCACCUGGACAUCCACCACCGUAUUAUCCCACUGUACCUCAGUACUCCAACGCACCACCUGUGCCCAUCAACACCCACUACACCGUCACAGCCGGACUCCCUCUUACUGCAGCGGCACCCAAAGCAGUCAGCAGAAGUCGAUGUUUGUGCAUCACAGCAGCGGUUGUCUUCGGCCUCAUCGUCGUGGCGAUAGCGGCCGUGUUGAUCUGGUACUUCUUGUUCGGAGUGUGUGUGCUGGGACGCAGGUGUGGACAGAGUGACACGUGUGUGUAUUUGUCACAGUGGUGUGAUGGACAGAUGAAUUGUCCAGCAGGAGAGGACGAGGCCGAGUGCUUUCGCUUCAAUGGUCCUCAUUUCAUACUGCAGAGUUUUUCAAACGAAGACCAAAAAUGGAAGGUGGUGUGUUCAGAUGGGUGGGACGACAAUGUUGGGAAGCUGGCAUGUGAGCAGAUCGGAUAUUCCAGAUCUGACUAUGUUGGUUCUGGGACAGUAACUCCAGACUCCGGAGCUGCAGAUGGCUACAUGACCCUCAGAUCCAGUUACUUGAACACACUCGGCUCUGAGCCUCUCCACAGUUCUCUCUCAAACAGUGCAAGUUGCCCAAUGAAUGCGGUGGUGACCCUGAAGUGUAUCGAUUGUGGAAAAUCUCUCACUCCUGGAACGCGUAUCGUGGGAGGGGAAGUGGUGAGCUCGCUGGGGCUCUGGCCAUGGCAGGUCAGUCUGCAGGCCAUGGGGCGUCACCUGUGUGGAGGUUCGAUCAUCACUCCAUCGUGGAUCGUCACAGCUGCUCACUGCGUUCAGGCACUUCCAUCUCCGAGUCAGUGGACAGUGUACGCCGGGUAUCUGACCCUGAGGGAGAUGUACUCCUCCACCGGCAACUCGGUCAGUCAGGUCAUCGCUCACACUGGCUUUGACCCUGAAACCAAUACCAACGAUAUCGCACUGAUGAAGCUGAGGACGCCGCUCCAAAUGUCCUCGAGCAUUAAACCAGUGUGCUUGCCAAACACUGGUCUCGACUUCUCAACUUUAAGAGCAUACUAUGUGACCGGAUGGGGGGCGACGAUGAGCCAAGGUUCUGCCUCCAAUGAAUUACGUGAGGCUCAAGUGUCGCUGAUAAGCAGGACGGUGUGUAACAGCCAGCAGGUUUAUAACGGUCUAAUCACAGACACCAUGAUCUGUGCAGGCAAGCUGCAGGGCGGAGUGGACUCGUGCCAGGGGGACAGCGGGGGUCCUCUGGUCACUAAGGAGAAUGUUCUGUGGUGGCUGGUGGGAGACACGAGCUGGGGUCAGGGCUGCGCUCUCAGGAACCGGCCUGGUGUUUAUGGAAACAUGACCUUCUUCCUCGACUGGAUUUACACACAAAUGAAGAAAUAUUAACUUGCCGUCUGGGUGAAAUGGACGACCUCGUGGACCUUCAUUUCAGAGCAGCUUGAUGAAGGACUGUUUGAAGAUAUUUAUAUGAGCGUUAUAUCCUGUGGAUUAGCAGUACAGUAUUUCCUGAUCAUUUAUUUUGAUUUAUAUCUAUUUUUGUAAAAGGCUUUUAAUAAAUUUUGAUGAAAAUUUA